UGGAACUCAGUCUGCAUUGAUAAGUUUUAUCAUCAACACAACACCUCUUAGGAUAUUACCUACCUUCAAUGGCAAAGAAACAUGUCAAGUACUACGGGGUUGACGCAUUCACGGAGACAGCAUUCAAAGGGAAUCCAGCAGCAGUGUGUUUCUUAGAAGAAGAUAAAGAUGAUGAAUGGUUGCAAUCAUUAGCUGCUGAAUUCAAUGUCUCUCAAACAUGUUAUUUGACUCCUAUUCAUGGAACCUCUAUUCCUCGUUUUGGUCUGAAAUGGUUUACUCCUAUUGUUGAGGUUAAUCUUUGUGGCCAUGCCACAUUGGCAGCUUCACACAUACUUUUUUCAUCUGAUUUGGUGAACAACAGUGUUAUUGAAUUUGUGACAUUAUCUGGAGUUUUAACUGUUAAAAAGAUCCCUUCGAUCGAUGUGGUUGGUGUGCCAAAUUUGCUGAAUGGUAAAGCUCCUCCGGUUGGAUUUUACAUUGAGUUGGAUUUUCCUGCUUAUUAUCCUAUUACAAAAUUAUACCACGAUGACAUUUCAAUCAUUGAUGAGGCAUUGAAUGGUGCUUCCAUUAUUGAUAUGAAGAGGACAGAAUUUGCAGAUGAUUUACUUGUUGUUCUCACAUCUGGAAAAAUUGUCUUAGAAGUACAAGCACAAUUUGAUGCACUAGCUAAAUUAUCUGGAAGGGGAGUAAGUGUUACAGGGAUUGCACCUCCUGAGUCAGGAUUUGACUUCUACAGUCGAUUCUUCUCCCCAAAGUUUGGAAUCAACGAGGAUCCUGUUUGUGGGACUGCACAUUGUGGUUUGGCACCCUAUUGGAGCGAGAAACUGGGGAAGUGUGAUUUAAAAGCUUAUAUGGCAUCAACUAAAGGAGGAGCUCUUAACAUUCAUGUUGAUAAACAGAAACAAAGGGUGUUUUUGCGUGGGAAGGCCGUAACGGUGAUUGAAGGGUAUGUUCUGGUUUAAUCGUGUUUUGUGUGGGAGAAGCUUUACAAUCAAAGAAUAAACGUGAACAUUUUGUGUAUUUCAUAUUCAUAAACCAUUGUGUGUGAGUGUUGUAGAAUUUAUUGAUUUGAAUAAAUUGGUCUUGCUUAUGGGUUGGCAUCACCUAGUGGAAUAGUGGUUCGUAUUCAUCCUAUGUAUGAGCAGAGGAAAAGGAUAUUGAUGUUUGUAAAGCUUGUUAAUGUCAUGAAUCUAUUGGACGUCUUUUAUUU